UGAGAGGGCAUAGGUCUGUGCUACAAAAUAAAUGGAGGAGGAGUAGGGGCUAUAACUACAGGAGCCUAAAUUUAACACAUUAUAUCCAUAUUUGGGCAGCAAAAUAAGUGGUUUGUUAUUCAGAAACACUGGACACGCCGAUGCAGAUGCAGUAAUGUUGAAACUCAAGCCAUGUAUUGAAAGAAAUGAAUGUGGAUUUGGGAUUUAACUUGUGUGUGGUGUUUAUGGAUUAUCUAGACUAAGCAUUUGCCCAAAGUGGCAGAGACUAGCAUGUGUGUGAAGAGGAACAGAAUCUGGGAAAAUGGGGGUGUGGAAAGGAUUAAAGCCCCUUCUGAAAUGUCUCUCAUUGCUCUUCUCCCCCCGACAAGCUGCAGAACACCCAUAUCUUGCUCCAGCUCGGCCCAUCGCCUACAGAGCCAAGGAAAGAAAAUGGCUGUGGUGGAGUCGGUGACCUUCGAGGAGGUGGCUGUGUAUUUCUCUGAAGAGGAAUGGGCUCUACUGGACCCGGGUCAGAGAGCCCUCUAUUGGGCUGUGAUGCAGGAGAAUUAUGAGGCUGUGAGCUGGCUGGGAUUUCCAGCUUCCAAAGCUCAUGUGAUCUCCUGGGUGGAGCGAAGGGAGGAGCUGCGAAUCCCAGAUCUCCAGGGCUGUGACGAAAAGGAGAUCAUCAGCAAUAACCACGUAGCAGGUGAUGGAAUGGUAAGUGAGAACAAUGAGAGUCUUCAACAGGAAGGACCAGAGCAAGUGGCUCCACAUGAAAUGUUUUUGGGAAGAUCUGAAGGACAUGUUUCUCAGGAUCCUGGACACAAAGAGACCUGUGAGAGUCAGCAUAACACAGAAAGACAUCAGGGAAACCAUGUGGUGAAGGGACAGGAAAAAUCCAGCCACUGGAGGAGAGGGGUUAAAAGAAACACAGAAAUCAUUCAACAGAAAAUCCCCCAUCAAGAAGCACCCUCUGCUGGCAGUGACUGUGCAACUGUUAUUGAACAUCAGAGAAUCCACACAGAAGAGACCUCCUUUGACUGCUCUGACUGUGGGAAAAGCUUCCGUGAGCACUCAAGUCUUAUUAGACAUCAGAGAAUGCACACAAGAGAAGAACGUUUCAACUGUUGUGACUGCAAGAAAAGCUUCAGUAAGAAGUCAGUCUUCGUUAGACAUAGGAGAAUCCACACAGGAGAUAAACCUUUUGGCUGCUCUGACUGUGGGAAGAGCUUCUGUGAUAGGUCAGAUCUUGUUAAACAUAGCAGAAUUCACACAGGAGAGAAGCCCUUCAGCUGUUCUGACUGUGGGAAAUGCUUCCGUGCGAGGUCAAACUUUGUUAGACAUAGGAGAAUCCACAAAGGUGAGAAACCCUUCAGCUGCUGUGACUGUGGAAAGAACUUCAGUAGGAGCUCACAUCUUGUUAGACAUCAAAUAAUCCACAUAGGGGAGAGAAGUUUUGACUGCUCUGGCUGUGGGAAAAGUUUCAGUGGGAGGUCAGAUAUUGUUAGACGUAGGAGAAUCCGCACAGUGGAGAAACCCUUCAACUGCUCUGACUCUGGGAAAUGCUUCAGUCAGAGCUCAGGUCUAAGUAAACAUCAUAGAACCCAUCCAAGAGAGAAAUCCUUUGACUGCUCUGACUGUGGGAGGCGCUUCAGUGAGAGGUCAGACUUCAUUAGACAUAGCAGAAUCCACACAGGAGAGAAGCCCUUUAGCUGUUCUGACUGUGGGAAAAGCUUCAUUCAGAGGUCAGACCUUGUUAGACAUAGCAGAAUCCACACAGGGGAGAAACACAACUGCUCUGACUCUGGGAAGUGCUUCAGCCAGAGCCCAGACCUAAAUGAGCAUCAUAGAAUCCACACAGGAGAGAAAUCCUUUGACUGCUCUGACUGUGAGAAAAGUUUCAUUCAGAGUUCAGACCUUGUUAGACAUAGCAGAAUCCACACAGGGAAGAAAUCCGUCAACUGUUCUGACUCCGGGAAGUACUUCAGCCAGAGCCCAGACCUAAUUAAGCACCAUAGAAUCCACAUAGAAGAUAAAUCCUUCAGCUGCUCUGACUGUGGGAAAAACUUCAUUUGGCACUCACAUCUUGUUAGACAUAGCAGAAUCCACACAGGCAAAAAACCCUUUGGCUGUUCUGACUGUGGGAAAAGCUUCAGUAGAAACUCACAUCUUGUUAGACAUCAGAGAACUCACACAAGAGAGAAACAUUUCAACUGUCCUGACUGCGGGAAAAGUUUCAAUGAGAUCAUAGAAUCAAAGAACACUAGAACUGGAAGGGACUCGAGAGAUCAACAAGUCAUCCCCUGCCCUAACAGCAAGCCAAGUGCCAUAGAUCUCAGACCUUGUUAGACUUAGGAGAAUCCACACAGGAGAGAAACUCUUCAACAGUUCUGACUAUGGUAAAAACUUCAGUAGGAGCUCACAUCUUCUUAGACACUGGAGAAUCCACACGAAGACAGAACCCUUUGCUCUGACUGUGUUGAAAGCUUGAGUUGGUGCUCAAAUCUUAAGAGUUAUCAUACAAUCCCACAGGAGAAUCAUAAUAAAAUCAUAGAACACUAGAACUAGAAGGGUCCUCAAGAGAUCAUCAUGUUUAGUCCACUGUCCCCAUGGCAGAUCCAGGCACUUCUAGAUCAGUGAUUCCCAAUCUCUUCACUAGUGCAGACCCACAAUCAUCCCCCCAGCUGUUCGCGGACCCCCAUCAAAACCAGUUCUAGCCAAUAUGUACACUUCAUUAAAUGAAAAAGGAAAUGUAAAUUAACAUUUAAAAUGAUGCAUACUCAUUUCCGACGUCACAACAAUUCCAUCACACAUCUCAUCACAGCAAAUUGCCACAAUGAUUGGUCUUACAUAGUGUGACAGUGCGUUGGAGUUCCCCCGACUCCUGCACUCCCGUAAUGGCAUAAACAGACUCCACCAGCCAGUAAAAUAGAGGGAGUUUAUUGCUUCUCUAGGAUACAGCACAGAUGUAAUCUGGUUACAGGGCAGGCUUAGGAUGCCUCAGCCCCCCCUUGAGAUGGGAGAGACUGGGCCCCUAAAUCCCAGCCCCUUGCUUAGGCUGUUUCCUCCAUGAUAGCAGACAAACUCCUACUCUCUUCCAGCCCAGCCCCCCAGCCAGGUCUCUGCCUUCCUCCCUUUGUCUCUCUCCCUGGGAGGCUGAGCCUCGGUGUCUGGGGUAAUACACAUUUGGGAGAUCAGUGAGAAUCUCACAUCACAGCGCAGGGGGACCCCAGGUCUCAGACAGCACCCCCACUAUGCCACACAUAGCAACAAAUAAUAAACUCUUGGCUUACCUAGUGAGAUCCCUGGUGUUGUUUCAUUGACUUCAAAGACUGGAUGCCAGGUUGGAUCGAUGACGUAGGUCUGAUUCAACACAAAGCCUACUCCAGUAUUUGGUCUUUAUUGCCAUGAGAGCUGAGAGAGCUGCUUUGCGCAUAUAUGUUGUGGCAAAGGGUAUCAGAAAUCGUGUGGCCCUCUCAGAAGGCUCUGGAUUCUCAGGGGUUACAUGAAGCUAGUACUCAGUAAGGAACUUUUAUGAGAAGACCAGCUUUAAAGCAUUGUCACAAGACAUUUCGAUUAGGCUGUCUUACUUUUUUGGUAUUAAACUAGCAAGGGUGUCACUGUUAAUGCAUUCAAAGGGAUUUCUAAUCCAGUUGUUUUUUAUCUCUGGAACUGGAAAAUACUCUCGCAGCUUCAUUUUCAGGCUUUGCAGAUGCUCCCUGAUGGUACAUUUGACAUCUCUGAGGAGCUGCAUUUCCGAUGUAAGCAAAAAGUCAGAAAGAUUGCUAAAUGAGUCAUAGCUCGACUGAUCGGUUCGACUGGACCACAGUUCUAAUUUCUUUAUCAUUGCUUCAGUUUUGUCUUGAACGGUGAAAAUUUGAGCAGUGAAAAUGUGUCACUGCUUUUCCCUGCAGACUCAGGUUGAGACCAUUAAGAUGGGCAAAGCCAUCAGCUGAGUGAGUCAAUUUAGCUAACCAAUUAAAAUUAUGAAAGCAAUGGGCGAGCUCAAACUUUGUGUCCAUCAGAAAAAUUCUCCCUUCAUUUUGCAGCUCAAAAAUAUGUCAGAAAUUUCCCUCUGGAGAGUCAGCGGACCUCCAUGUGCAGCAGCGGUUGACAGUAAUCACUGCCCUCAUCUCAUAAAACUGCAAACAAUCUUGAAUUGAGAGGACAGGCCUUGAUAUAGUUAACAACUUUUACAGAUUCAUACAGUAUGCUCCUUAAGUUAGCAGGGAUUUUCUUAGUGGCAAAGGCCUCCCUGUGAAUGCAACAUGGAAUGCUUGUUGUAUAUGGAGUGACAUAUGGUUAGAGAUUAGACGAAGGUUUCUAACCAUUAGAGGAGUGAGGUUCUGGAACGGCCUUCCAAGGGAAGUAGUG